AUGGCUAGAAGACAAGAUCAAGCCAUAGCUAAUGCCCUUCAGAGAUUGGCGGAUAUUUUGAAAAGAAAUGAAAAUCAUGCUAAUGGCCGAGCUCAACCUCAAGUACAAGUUGCUGAGGAAGGAGAGUAUCAAGGGUUGAAUAAAUUUUUGAAACGGAAUCCUUCUCAAUUUAAGGGAGGAUACAAUCCUUAUGGAGCUCAUCUGUGGAUAAAAGAAUUGGAAAGAAUUUUUGGAGCUCUUCAGUGCUCAGAGAAUCAAAAAGUCGCUUUUUCGACUUACUUACUAAUAGAGGAAGCUGAGAAUUGGUGGACCCAUGUUAAACAGAGAUUGGAAAAUGAAGGCAGGGAAAUCAAUUGGUUUACCUUCAAGGAAAUCUUCCUGGAGAAAUAUCUUCCUGAGGAUGUAAGAAACAAGAAGGAGAUGGAGUUCCUGGAACUUAAACAAGGAAACAUGUCAGUGGGAGAGUACGCGGCAAAGUUCGAGGAACUAGCUCUUUUCUAUCCUCCUUAUCAAGCGGCCGGAAAUGAACGGUCCAAAUGUGUAAAAUUUGAGAAUGGUCUACGACCGGAAAUUAAAGAAGCUAUAGGAUACCAACGAGUUAGAGAUUUCCCAACCUUAGUAGACAUGUGUAGAAUUUUUGAAGAUGAUCACAAGUCAAGGUUAGCUCAAUCUAGAAGUUUGGGUUCCCAAAGACAUGUAAGACGAGCACCAGAUAGAAGGAACCCAUAUCAAGCUCCAUCAAAGUAUGCAGGAUCCCCAUCUUCAGUUGGGAGGCCUAAUUUUUCGAGGGAUAUAAUGGUUCCGGACAAACAAAUCCAUUGGUUAUCAAGUGCUUUAAAUGUGGCGGACCACAUUUAG